CUGGUCUAGUAGCCUAGACCACCGGAAGCACGAGACUCCGAGUCAUCCCAUAAUUCGAGAGGACCUCAUGUGCACAUGAGUCAUGGGCUGUUAAACUCGGAAAGGCUCGCGAUUGCGGCAUGCCUCCGGUAAAACCAUAAAUAGUUCCCACAGUUGAUUGUUAGAGAGAACAGGUUACACAAUCGGCCACCAGGCAGGUGCACCACCUGGACGAUAAAAUAGCCUACCUGCUGCUCUCAGUCCCGGCCAGUAGGCCUAAAUGCGCUGACUUAAUUGAUAUUACUCUGGGUCAUCAAAACAGUCCCGUAGAAAACGGCAGAGGGAAGUUGAAGUUGUGGUCAUCGAAAUAUUGGUUUAGGUGGUUUCAAUGUGACGUGUGCAUGACAUCAUGAUCAUUUGACCAGUGUGUACAGCGCCACGGAGAAGGUCUCGUGCACUGCCAAGAGCAAACUGUCGGCGGAUAGGGAACUGGCAACGCCGGCACACUGGGAGGAGACGCGUCUACCUGGAUUUCUGUAGUGCGAAACAGAUCCGGUCAGACGAGUUUUAGUCUGCGGUCUGCCAGGAACCAGUGGCAGUCUACCGGGACGUGGACUAACUAGACUCAGACGACGCGGCAGCACGAGAGAGUGCUAACGGCGGCGUGCAGCUAGCUCACUCCAAGUUUUGUGUGGACUGAAGGAUCCUUUGGACUUCGGACUCUGGAAAGCACAACAACGACAUUUUAAUCAGCCCCAUAUCGUUGGACUACGACAUUCAUUUUAAUUUUGGUGGAUUAGUUUCGCUUUGACUUUGGGCACCCGAAACUGCCGCGCUCCAAUGAAAAUGGCCAUCUUCAUAAGUGUCGUCAUGUUCCUGUCUGUUCAAGGGGCACUAGGCCAGCUCAUCCAGGUGGAUCCAGAGGUGAUGUCAUAUCCAGGUCAGAAUGUGGAGCUGCCCUGCAAGUUCGUCAACCCAGGAAGUACCCAAGUGUCUCAGGUGUCGUGGAUCCUUGAGCCUUCGGAUGGCGAACGCAUCAACAUCGCCGUGUACCACCCCACUUUCGGGGCCAGCUACCCAGACUCGCCGGUCACGGGCAGAGUGACCUUCAUCGCGCCAACGCUGAACACGCCGUCCAUCCGGAUUGCUGACGUCAAGAUGACUGAUGAGGGACGCUACAUCUGCGAGUAUGCCACCUACCCGACUGGCAACGCCCAGGGCAUCACCAACCUCGUCAUGCUCGCCAAACCCAAGAACUCGGCGUCCCACAUAACGGUUGUCGCAGGCGAUACGCCGGUGGUGGUGGCUCGGUGUGCGUCCGCUAACGGCCGCCCGGUGUCUCAGAUACGCUGGGUGACGUCAGUCAAUGGCAACGCCACGACAUUGACCACACAGGAAAGCGACAACACGGUGACUCUCCGCAGUGACUACAAACUGAUCCCUACGCCCGCUGACAACGGCAAGGACAUCAGCUGCGUGGUGGAACAUCGGACACAGACCAAGCCCGAGAGCUUUCCCAUGAAGCUCGCCAUUGAGUACCCCCCCAUGGUGUCCAUCGUGGGCUACGAUGAUAACUGGUACAUGGGGCGCACCAACGUGGAGCUCACCUGCCAAGCCAAAGGCAACCCCAUCCCCACCACCGUCACCUGGAGAACGCUGACCGGCCACAUGCCAGACACCGUCCAGGUCACAGAGAACAAGCUGAAGGUUCUGAAGGUGGACGAAACCGUCAACACCACCUUCAUCUGCGAGGUCCGCAACCGAUUGGGCAUCGGCAAAAACCAGGUCACCGUCAACGUCAGAGAUCCCCCUGCUGACCCAUCCAAUGUUGGGGUGGUAGCGGGCGUAGUCAUCGGCAUCCUCCUGGCCCUCCUAUUGGUUGGUGCUCUUGUGGCCAUCUUGGUGACUCAUAACCGGCGGCAACAGCAGCAGGGUUACCGCGGCAACCAGAAGAGCGGGGCGUUUGACAUCAAGUCCCGCCUCUUCGGCUCCAAGGCCAGUAAAAAUGGCGGUGGCCCCGGCAAUGGCCCCGGCAACAACAACGGGCCCAUCUACACCUACCGUGAGGGCGUGUCUGGGGGCGGGCUAACUGAGAAAUCGGCCAAUCACGGGCUGCUGUCGACCACGCCCACGGCACAGGACAUCCUGCUCGGCGAGAUGGACGAGGCGGAGAGGAAGAAGUUCGACGAGCUGGCGGACGAGGAGGACGAGGAACGCUAUGACCGCUUCACUGCCGCCGGGCCCAUCCUCCAGCUCCGUCACCACGACGACCAGCACUACCUGGACGAUGACAUGGAGUCGCAGAGAGACGGAUCGGUCAUCUCACGGACCGCCGUCUACGUGUAGAGAAGGAGAGAGACGGAGGGA